CGAUUUAGGGAUAUGUAGAAAGUUUCAUUAUGAAGGGAUUUAAUUUCAGUAGGAAGCUGCAGUAUCAACUAUCACAUAAAAUAAGUGGGUGAAAGCGAUAAAAGUCUUGCAGACAGGAUUAUCAGGAUAAUCUCCAGGAUGGGCUUCAUAACAUUUCUUAUAAAACAGCUAAAUCCGGCUUUACAGUUGCAAUGGAUGACCACGGGAAAUUGGCAGCAAGAUGAAAGAAAACGCUCCAAAUAUGGACUUUUUUCAUUUUGUUAAAUGUGAAAUUAUUAAGACUGCUUGAGGAAUAGUUUGACAUUUUGGAAAACAUGCUUCUAUAUAAACUUCAGAUGUCAGGAGGAGAUUAGCUAUCUCAGCAUGUGGACUAGAGAAAAGGGGAAACUACCAGUCUGACUCAAAAAUAUCUCCACCACUUCCUCUAAAACUCAGUGUUUUCCUCAAAUCCUUGAUUGAACCAUACACAAACCCAAGUUGUUGACUUCCUUCAGGUCCCACAAUACAAAUAGAUGUGCAAAUUGAACCCUUAAGCUCUUAUUCUCUGAAGUCAUUUUAGUGUUAUAACAUUUCAGACACAUCCACAUGCUGCUCUGUGGAAUUGGGACAUCGAUGUUUACCAGGUUGAGUUGCAUUAUAUGUCCGAUAUGUUCCUAUAUAGCUUUGUAUGGUAAAAGUUUCCACCCUGAAAUACAACAGUCAGCAAUUUUCAGGCGUCUGUGAACACGCCAAGCUCGUGCUUUUUGCUCGCUUCAUCUGCAGCCCUGGCGCUGAUUCAACUUGGCCCUUGUAACCUCUGUUAGAUAAGAGGGGAAUCUGUGCCUGUCUGCCCCGACAGCAUCUUGUUCUCACAGGUAAUAAUGAAAGGAAGGGAACUCUUUCCUGAUAACUUGCAUUGUUCUUUGAUGUGGAUAGAAGAGGAUGCUUUUUAUCCUGGCAGCUCUUUCAAAGAAGCCUUUAAAGUUCAUCCUGACUGGAAUGUUGCUUCAGGCAUUUUUCAAGUUUUCUUCUUCCUUUCUUCUCCUUUUUUUGGUGUGUUUCUCAUUCAGAGAACAAAGGAUUCCUACGGGUUUAAACAUUCCACAAGGCUCUUGUCUGGCUUUUUUUUUCUUUUUAAAUAUUUAAGCCAGACAACUCUAAUCCAUCCACGCCCUUAUUGGUGACUGACAAGAAUUUCAUCUGUGACUCUUAACACUAGUUGUGAGGUUAGAGAAUACAAACACCGAUCACAGACAAUAUGCAGCAGUCUAAACACUUGCUCCGACCAAGACAGAAAUCCAGUUGGUCAUAGAAAUAUGUAGCUUUCCUUCAAUAUUUAUGUCCAAACUUGUGGUGCCCCGGUGUUGAAUCCCUUGUGGGGCCUUGCUCCCAUGCUUGAGGCUGAUAUUUCUGUGAAAAUGUUCACUUUGUCCUUACGUAGACCAUAUGACAACAGUACACUUUGUUCCUUUCUUUGUACUCCCAAGUACAGUCACAUACCUGAUAGAGAAGGUGGCACAAAACCAGUGAUACAUCAAUAAACACAUUUAAACAAGCUAAAACAGAAUUGGGGAACUUUAACUUACCACGUAUCAUUAGCCUCAUAGCACAAUUGCCUAAGUCAUAUGACUUAAUAUUACAGUAUAAAUAAAACAUGUUUGCUGAAAAAUUUGCUUUUUCUUCUUUUUCUGAAACCUUAAAAUAAUGCUAACAAUAUGUUAAAUGAGUACACAUUUACUCUCCAGUUAAAGUGCAUUUUUAGGUAAGUCCAUGGCAGAAAACAAUGCAAUGCAUUACCAUUUCCAAUUCAGAAAAAGUAAUACGGCCACUUGUAUUUAUAGUGUUUUAUCUCAUAGAAAAAAUAAUUUCAGGAACUGGUUUACCUCAUGACAGAAGAGUAAUUUCAUGAUUAUAGAUAUAAAGAAACGAUAAUAACAUGGUUACUUUGGAGAGAAAGCCCUGAAAUAAUGGACGAUACACUGGGUGGUUCCCGGCUCACUGAGAGGAGAAGAGAGGAGGUGGGGUGUCUUAUGGGAGGACUCAUGGAGAAGCAUUCCUCUCAUAUUUUCUGGACACCUCUUCAGCCUGUGCACACGUCAGAUCUGAUCGGAGAGUAUAAAAGGAGAUGUGGACUCCAAAAGAAGGAGAGCAAAAACUCGUCAACUCACAGCCAGCUCUGGUGUUUUAAAGAGAGAUUUUUUUUCUCAGGAAAGAUACGUUCCUCUUCUGAAGAUGUUGAAAGACUUUGUCAUUGUGAUCCUCUGCGUCAGACUGGUGUCACCUAUGUGCCCGAAGGAUUGUCGGUGUCCUGCUGACACCCCCAGGUGUGCAGCAGGGGUCAGUCCCAUGCUGGAUGGCUGUGGAUGCUGUAAAGUCUGUGCACGUCAGCUGUUUGAAGACUGCAGCAAGUCACAGCCAUGUGACCACACCAAGGGACUGGAGUGCAACUUUGGAGCAGGACAUGGCUCUGCUAAGGGCAUCUGCCGAGCCAAAUCAGAUGGAAGAACAUGUGAGUACAACAACAAGAUUUACCAGAACGGGGAAAUAUUCCGUCCAAACUGCAAACACCAGUGCACUUGCAUGGACGGCGCUGUUGGAUGUGUCUCCCUCUGCCCACACCAGCUCACGCUGCCCAAACUGGGCUGUGCCAAGCCCAAGAGGGUGAAGGCACAGGGACGGUGCUGUGAAGAUCUCAUCUGCCACGGGGACGCAAAGACAGAGAGCGCUUUGGGGAAGAAACACAGAAAAAAGCACAGCAAAGACGAACUGUUUGAGGACGACAUAACCAAGAAGAAUGAGCUGGCUUCUGUGUGGAAAGGAGAAUCCAAUUCUUUACCUGCUUUUGAGAACCUCCCAAUGGGCCAAAUGUUAGCCACAAGAGUCAAAUGUGUGUCUCAGACCUCAGCUUGGUCUCCCUGCUCCAAAACCUGUGGCACUGGAGUGUCCAGCAGGGUGACUAACAACAACUCACAGUGCAGGGUGGUGAAAGAGUCUCGGAUCUGUGAAGUCCGCCCAUGCAACAAAAUGACCUUUACGGGAUCAAAGAAAGAUCAGAAGUGUAAUCACACGGAGAAGUCCAGCCGUCUGGUUAAACUGUCCUACGCAGGUUGCCGUAGCCUGAAGAAGUUCCAGCCGAGGUACUGUGGGUCCUGCGCGGACGACCGGUGCUGCAGGCCGGACCGGUCCCAGACGAUAUCCGUCCUCUUCAGAUGCAGAGACAAAGAGAUCACCAGCAGGAUGGUGAUGAUGAUCGAGUCCUGCAAGUGUAACCUAAACUGCUCCGGCAGCAAACGGAAGACACCUGCUCGCUACAGACUUUAUAAUGAUAUCCACAAGCUGAACAUGUAACUUUCAACAGUUAAGUGGAAAAGAAAAGUGUUGACCAAUAGAAACAUUUGCACUUUGUGGUUGCUGGGGAGACAUUUUUGAUCAGUAUUUUUUCAGAUUAUGCUUCAUGACAAUGGAGCCUUGUGGGUUGUUUCUUUUUUGAAGCAGUUUUGUAAAGUAAUAAAUCUUAAUAUUAUAUGUAAAUAAAAUGUGAUUUACUUUUAUUUUAUACUCAAACUGUACACAUUGUGUACCUUGACAAUACAUGUCACAUAGCAACAUUGAAAUGACAUAAAGGCAGCUACUAAAUCAAAGUCAUUACACAUAUGUCGCCAUGUUUCUGUUGAUUUACUUUGCUUGUGCUUUUUAUUUAUAAGGGUUAAUGUUGCAUACUUCUCAUACUGCUUAAUGUAUUGUUAAUAUCUCAUAUCAUUGAACAUGCUUUGAUACUAUUUGUUUGGCAUCUUCUACGCUCACUUGCCUCUGGUUAAAUGUCGCUGAAGGCUGGAUAUGUACUUUAUGCAGGUUUGACCAAUUAACUAGAAUGUCAAUGUACAUUUUUAUAUUUUUACAAAUAAAAACACAACAAGACUGCAACAA